AUGUCAGAUUCCCCCCAGCUUCUUCCAGACAGCCCGACGGAUACUCCAUUCCAACUGCUCAAGGCUUAUGAAUUUUGGAACUUCACAUCGGAGGAACCUGAGAGUCGUGCAAUUCUUGAAGAUCUCCUAGGCCGAAAAGAAGACAACAUUGGUGUCCAAUGGCUAACUGCUCUUGAUGGAGAAAACAAGCGGGGCUUUUUUGCCUGGCCCCAUGGACACCGGAGUGGCAUUGACUAUUUCCGGUUGGACGAUCACGUCUGGAUCUGGAAUGCCAUACGUGCUGUCGCUGCUAUGAACUCUCUGAAGGCUACUAGUACCAAAUCCCCACUUCCGAAAUGGGAAAUCGAAUGGAAGAAUCUUAUGCGUACAUAUGAGCCAGGAAGGGUUAAGAGGGAAAUCAUCCAACGUUUUACCACCAUCAAUGAUCCUGCUAAGCAGCGAAUGCUGGCGGUGACGCGUUCUUCACGUGAAACAAGAUUCGCGUUCCAUUCCCGGGACACAGCGUUAUUCUACGAGAUCAACAGUGAACGGAUGUUAGAUGGAACCGAUCCACGGUGGUACAGUGCUAUGGAAAUUCAAAGGCAUUUCUUUUCAAAUCUGGAGUGGGGCGAGACAGAGAAUCCAUUAUAUCACGGCUUGAAUAUUCUUAUGGCCCUGCGAGGCGUCCCACUAUAUGGGGCUGAUGCCGAUAAGCUGUUUCAGAGGUCAAAAGAGACCAUUGAGAAUAGUAUACCCAUCAAUGGCCUUAUUCCAGAUCAGCUGGACGGUGCCGGUGGAGAUGAAGGACCGCCAUAUCAUCGUGAUUCUCUACUACAUAUACCAUUUGAAACUCUGUAUCUGCUAUCAGGCCCCGGGAAAAAGGGAUCGCCGGCUUCUGCACAGGAACUAGAAAGCCACAAACCAGAAGAUGGCAUUCAAGAUAGCGCCGCACAACGCCUGGAAAGAACAGUCCCAUUCAACGAUAAGAUCGAUGAGAAAAAUAUCAUCAACGUGAAGGAGGAGUGGCUUUACAAUUAUCCCGAUUUUCUGGAUUUCGACCCUUCAGAUUCCAUCGAGGAGCAACUUACUGAGGAGGUUGAAUGGAACGAGUCCCUAUUGGUUUUGGGGAAAGAGAUUCAAGACAGCUGGCCCUACAUCUCUUUGUUCCAUAUAUUUCAGGACCUUGUCCUUGAAGCGAUAUUCUACUGGUGGGAUGCACGAAAACCCGGCGAUUGGGAAUACAAGCCCUGGAGCCCGCCAUCAUCUGAGUCUCAACAUCUAAUGAUUGACGUUCAAAAGAAGAAAUCUCGAGACAAGAAGGCCCUCCGCCUUGACACACGUGUUUUCCAAAGUAACGAGAUUGAUGACUCAUGGGGACGCUUGAAGGAAUUACGAGACAUUAACAAUGCGAAGAAGAGAUUGCUCUGGUUCCUGAAUGCACCAAGGGACUAUGCACUCAUGUGCUACCUUGGAUCCUCCCCUUCAGAGAGACAACAGAUUCGAACUUUCUUUAACAGGCAUGUAAACUAUGUCAUAUUCGUCGAAGAUAAGACGAAUCGAGUGAGGAACCUCUGGGAGACAGAAUUUCAUUGCGGGUUCUUACAAUUGAUCAAGAAAGGUGACCAUAGCUUGCCACCCGCGACUUGUGAAAUGUUGCGACCUGCGAUGGACAAGCUACCAGAACUCGAUGACUUCAAGCUCGUCCGCGCCGCAGUUAGUUUCCGAUUUUGUGGUGAUUUCUUUGACCGCUUCUGGACUUGUCACUUCAUUGAGAGCUACCCUGGAGAGCGACCGGAGGGUGAUAUCAAGGCUUUUUUUAGUCGAGAUAAUAAAAGGCUAGAAGGCCUGUUCUCAGGCGGUAGAGAUCAUGUCUGGCAGCAACGGAAAAUUCUUGAGCUGCUCCUUUUCAACCGCAUCCUCGCCCAGAUAAACGUUAGCACGCGAGGGAUCACAGACAGGAUUCGGGAAGAGUUGGCGACCAAGAAUGCUGUGCAGAGCCACGGUGAAGAAAAGAAAGGGUUACUGGGCCCCUAUGACACGGCAGUCUACUUCAAAACGCUGAAGAAAUGGGCAUCACUACAUGAGAUGCUCGAAGUUCUGGACGACGAGCUGGGCAGAAUAUGGGAAAAUGUCAAUGCCUGGCAAAUGAGGGAACAAGAUCGGCGGACAGAGCAGCCAAGGUGGACAAAUAAUGAUGAAAGAAAAUACCGCGAUGCUCUCAACGCCGUUUUUCUCUUGAGUCAAAACGCUGAACGAGAGCUGCAUGGCGAGCGGUCAAAGGUGGCAUCCUUCAUCAAAUCUUUGCAGUAUCAGAGCGAGGAGGCCAAAAACAACUAUGAUCGCCACAUGACCGAGCGCAGUUUUCAGCAGAAUGACAAUGUCAAGUAUUUUACUUAUGCGACUGUCAUCUUCCAGCCCCUGGCAUUUGCUGCCAGCAUCUACAGCAUGCAGAGUUCGCCGCCAACAGAGGUCCUACAGCACAUGGUGAUAUGCUCUGUCGUUGCAUUCGUUGUUCUUCUAAUAAUUGUCAUCUCACUCCCAUUCUUUCUGCGCCCCAAUCAGCUCUGGCAUUCCUUUCUUCAGAAUCUUGGACCCGUUUUUGAUGGGGCUGAGCCAGUCAUUUGGUGGUUUGGAGCAGUGGCAGUCGCCGCUGAAAAAGGGUUGUUUUUCAAAAAAGGUGGGUUUGCUUUGUUCAAAUACCUUUGGUUCGUGAGACAAUCAUCCAAACCAAAUGUACAACGGAGUGAUGUAGAAUCUGGAUUGAAAAUUGGCCACCAGUCAAAAGCCACAGUUUCUUUCCGACAGGCGGUGACCACCUUCGCAGCGCAAGAACCCCUGAAUGGGACUGUUGAUUGGUGGCAUACUCAAGCCCCUGACGCGAACAGUGGGCUUGGUGAGCUUACCCGUAUCUCGGUGCCUUGA